CGGGGCUGGCGCGUCACGGGCCGCGCGCGUGCCCGCGGGCGGUGACGUCUCGGCAGCGAUGGCGCCCACGGGCCCGCGGGAUUCGCCGAAAAGUGUGGAAGAUGAGCUUGAAUCUGUUCUGCAGGAGCGGAUAAUGGUUUUGGAUGGGGGCAUGGGGACCAUGAUCCAGCAGCAUGCGCUGACAGAAGAGGAUUUCCGAGGGCAUGAAUUUAAAGAUCAUUCCAGGCCUUUGAAAGGCAAUAAUGACCUUCUCAGUAUAACUCAGCCUGAUAUAAUCUGUGACAUACACAAGGAAUACUUGCUGUCAGGUGCUGACAUCAUUGAAACCAACACUUUCAGCAGCACCCGAGUUGCACAGGCUGACUAUGGCCUUGAGCAUUUGGCAUAUCGAUUAAACAGAGUCUCUGCACAGGUGGCCAGAAAAGCAGCAGACACUGUAACUGCUCAGACAGGAAUUAGGAGAUAUGUUGCUGGAGCCAUGGGUCCAACAAACAGGACACUCUCUGUGUCACCCUCUGUGGAGAGACCAGAUUACAGGAACAUAACUUUUGAUGAACUGGUUGAAGCCUAUACAGAACAAGCCAAAGGCCUUUUGGAUGGAGGAGUUGACAUCUUACUGGUGGAAACCAUAUUUGAUACUGCCAAUGCUAAGGCAGCUCUUUUUGCACUCCAGAUGUUGUUUGAGGAAGAGUAUGCUUCCCGACCCAUAUUUGUUUCUGGAACUAUUGUGGAUAAGAGUGGGCGUACCCUCUCUGGCCAGACAGGAGAGGCAUUUGUCAUUAGUGUUUCCCACAGUAACCCACUUUGUAUUGGCUUAAACUGUGCUUUAGGGGCAGUUGAAAUGCGUCCGUUCAUUGAGACAGUUGGAAAAUGUACAACGGCCUACAUCAUCUGUUACCCCAAUGCAGGUCUUCCCAAUACUUUUGGUGGUUAUGAUGAAACUCCAGAAGUGACUGCCAAGCAUAUAAAGGAUUUUGCUUUGGAUGGUUUGGUCAACAUAGUUGGAGGUUGCUGUGGUACCACACCAGCACAUAUCAGAAAAAUUGCUGAAGCUGUGAAAUUCUGUAAGCCUCGUGUUCCACCUUCUCUCUCUCAAGGAUACAUGCUGCUGUCAGGUCUGGAGCCAUUCAGGAUUGGGCCAUACACCAACUUCGUUAAUAUUGGUGAACGCUGCAAUGUUGCAGGAUCACGGAAGUUUGCUAAACUCAUCAUGGCAGGCAACUAUGAAGAAGCUCUGAGUGUAGCCAAAUUGCAAGUUGAGAUGGGGGCCCAGAUUCUUGACAUAAAUAUGGAUGAUGGGAUGUUGGAUGGCCCCACUGCAAUGACCAGAUUUUGUAACUUGAUUUCUUCGGAACCUGAUAUUGCAAAGGUGCCAUUAUGCAUAGACUCCUCAAAUUUUUCAGUGAUUGAAGCAGGUUUGAAAUGUUGCCAAGGGAAAUGCAUUGUAAACAGCAUCAGUCUAAAGGAAGGUGAGGAGGACUUUCUGGAGAAAGCGAGGAAAAUUAAAUUAUAUGGAGCAGCUGUGGUUGUUAUGGCUUUUGAUGAAGUGGGGCAGGCAACAGAAACAGAAACCAAGAUUGCAAUCUGUUCCAGAGCUUAUCAUCUCCUUGUGGAAAAAGUGCACUUCAAUCCAAAUGAUAUAAUAUUCGACCCUAAUAUUUUGACCAUAGGAACUGGAAUGGAAGAACAUAACCUUUAUGCCAUAAAUUUUAUCAAUGCUACUAAAACCAUAAAAGAAACACUGCCAGGAGCCAGGAUAAGUGGAGGUCUUUCCAAUCUGUCCUUUUCCUUUCGAGGAAUGGAUGCCAUUCGAGAAGCAAUGCAUGGAGUGUUCCUUUACCACGCGAUUAAGUAUGGCAUGGAUAUGGGAAUUGUGAAUGCUGGGAAUCUGCCUGUGUAUGAUGAUAUCCACAAGGAAUUGCUACUGCUGUGUGAGAAUCUAAUCUGGAACAAAGAUCCUGAUGCAACUGAGAAACUUUUACAUUAUGCUCAGAAUCAUGCUCAAGGAGGGAAAAAAGUUGUACAGACUGAUGAGUGGCGUAAAGGCUCUGUGGAGGAAAGGCUGGAAUAUGCUCUCAUAAAGGGCAUUGAGAAGUAUGUCACUGCAGAUACGGAAGAAGCAAGAUUAAAUCAAGAAAAAUAUCCUAGACCUCUAAAUGUAAUUGAAGGGCCUUUGAUGAAUGGCAUGAAAAUUGUUGGUGAUCUUUUUGGCGCUGGAAAGAUGUUUCUGCCUCAGGUGAUAAAGUCUGCUCGAGUUAUGAAGAAAGCAGUUGGCCAUCUUAUUCCCUAUAUGGAGAAAGAAAGAGAGGAAAGAAGAGCCAAGCGAGGCAGCACAGAAGAAGAGGAUCCUUACCAGGGUACAAUAGUACUGGCAACUGUGAAGGGAGAUGUACAUGAUAUCGGCAAGAACAUUGUGGGAGUUGUUCUGGGCUGCAACAACUUCAGAGUUAUUGAUUUAGGAGUCAUGACUCCAUGUGACAAGAUAUUAAGAGCUGCUGUUGAGAACAAAGCAGAUAUAAUUGGCCUGUCUGGUCUCAUCACCCCAUCUUUGGAUGAGAUGAUUUUUGUCGCCAAGGAAAUGGAGAGAUUGGCAAUAAAGAUUCCUUUGCUCAUUGGAGGAGCAACUACUUCUAAAACACACACAGCUGUUAAAAUUGCCCCACGAUAUAGCGCACCUGUAGUUCAUGUCCUGGAUGCAUCCAAGAGUGUUGUGGUUUGCUCCCAGCUCUUGGACGACAGUAUAAAGGAUGAUUUCUUUGAAGAAAUAUUAGAGGAAUAUGAAGAAAUUAGACAAGAACACUAUGAGUCUCUCAAGGAAAGAAGAUACUUGUCUCUACAGCAAGCUAGAAGAAAAGGUUUCCAUAAUGAUUGGUUAUCAGGCCAUAUACCAGUUAAACCAAAAUUUAUCGGCACAAAAGUCUUUGAAGAUUAUGACCUGAGGAGGUUGGUAGAGUACAUUGACUGGAAGCCCUUCUUUGACGUCUGGCAACUUAGGGGAAAGUAUCCCAACCGGAGUUUCCCUAAGAUCUUUAAUGAUAAAACUGUAGGUGAAGAAGCAAAGAGAGUUUAUAACGAUGCUCAAGAUCUACUGAAAACAUUGAUUAAUGAAAAGAAAUUACAGGCCAGAGGUGUGGUUGGGUUCUGGCCAGCUCGAAGUGUUCAAGAUGACAUCCACUUGUAUGCUGUAGAAGAGGCAGUGGGAUCUUCAGAACCAAUAGCAAAAUUUUUUGGGUUGAGGCAACAGGCUGAAAAGGACUCUGCCUGCACAGAUCCAUAUUACUGCCUCUCUGACUUCAUAGCACCACUGGAUUCUGGUGUUUGUGACUACUUAGGCCUGUUUGCUGUGGCCUGCUUUGGUGUAGAUGAUUUAUGCAAUGAAUUUAGGAAACAGGACGAUGAAUACAACAUCAUAAUGGUGAAGGCUCUCGGUGAUCGGUUGGCAGAGGCAUUUGCUGAGGAGCUUCAUGAAAGAGUUCGAAGGGAAUUCUGGGCUUACAGUGGUACUGAGCAGCUGGAUCUCUCUGGCCUACGCAAAAUUAAAUAUGAGGGAAUUCGCCCUGCCCCUGGAUAUCCCAGCCAGCCUGACCAUACAGAAAAACUCACCAUGUGGAAACUUGCAAACAUCGAGGAAGCAACAGGAAUUGGUCUAACAGAAUCACUAGCAAUGAUACCUGCUUCUGCAGUUUCUGGCCUCUACUUUUCCAGUCCCAAUUCCAAAUAUUUUGCUGUUGGCAAGAUAUGUAAAGAUCAGGUUGAAGAUUAUGCACUGAGAAAAAAUUUGUCUGUGUCAGAGGUGGAGAAGUGGCUGGAACCCAUUUUGGGAUAUGAUACUGAACAACUGUGAUAUUUGUGGGUGAACUUUUUUUGAUGGUCCAUUUGCCAAAAGGAACAAGAAGAUUCUUCUACUGGAAACAGCUUUCUUCCAUCCACCCCAACAGCUUGUCUGAUUGUCUUAAAUUUUUAAUCAAGGAACUUAAUAUUUCAAAUAAAAUCUGCCCUGUGCCUUUUGCUUGGGACCAUGAACGUAUUUAGUUUCUCAGGCACGGCAGCAUACUUUUCUAUAUUUUUAUUUUUUCACAAAGACUCUAGCAGACAAGUGAGGUGUAGGGUGAGAUGGGGAAACUGCAAAGCUUGCCUGUUCUCUGGAGGAUUUUGAAAUCAGACAAGAAUUUCUCUCCCAUGGCUGUGGAUAUGCAUAGAACAGAAUUUGACUUCUGUUACUUUAGUGUGUUUUAGCAAGUCCAGGGACAGAAAUAUGAUGUGAUUUUUCUGCAAAGUCAUAAAAGGUUUUAUACUGAGUGAUCAAGAACAACUGAAGUACAACAGAUCUCCUUUUUAAAAAUCAAGUGUGUAGUCUUGUGCUUGGGAACACACAUUGUUCUCAGUGGUAGAACUGUCAGAAUAAUACAAUUUUCUGGAGUGGUAUCAGAGAUCUGUGUUGUGAAAUGGGAUGACAAAGCCCACGGAGUUGUCUGCUUUGUGCUUCCUUCCUCUUCCUUUCAGCAAGUCACAAUCUCUCUAUUCUGUAUAAAGGCUACUGGCACUUCCUACCUUACAGAUAAUGUUGUGAAGCUUCAUUCAUACAUAAACAAUCAUUUGUACAUGAAAAUUAUGAGAGCAGCAAAUUUGCUACUGUAGACAGCCACAAAGCUUGGAGCUUUUACAAACUCUUUAACCUUCUAGGAAACUGGAUUUUAAAACCAAGUAGUACUGCCAUAUGUAGCAGUUAAUAUUGUAGAUACAUUAUUCAGAUUUAACUGAGUGUGCUAAUUGUUCAUAGCUUUCAAUAAUUUCUGAAAACUGCCUCAAGUAUUAUUUAAAUGCUAAUUUAGUAAAAUAUUAUGACAGAACCCCUCAUUUUUGGUCUCUAAUUUUAAGACCAAUAUUGUUAGGAAGAUGUUCUUUUAAUAGUUUAUUGCAAUCUGUUAAUAGCUAUGUAAUUUUUGUAAUGUCUUCAUCUGACUUGUUGCUAAAAGAAUCAUCUUGUAUCAACAGUUUAAUAAAGAUGGUGUUAUCCUAUUAGAAUCCUUUAAAUGGCAACAAUAAAAUGUGUGCAAUGAUCUGA